UUGCGCAACCCCUUCCACCCACCUUCCAUGCUUGAUCAACCAUACCUCAACAUUGAUAAUUUCAAUUAUACUAUUAUGGACUCGGACAAGCUUCGAGAAAAGGAAAGAUAUUUUGAACAACAGGAGCUGCAUUCAGAUGACGAGCAUCAUUCCCCAAAUGAAAGCUUCUUAGCCAUCGGACGGGCACUUGCCGAUGUCGAAGCUAUGCCUCCACCUAGGCUUCCUCGUAGCUUUGGUAGUUUUCUCGGACCAACGAUGAAGGAGCAACGAAGGGAAUGGGAGGCACGCAAAACAGCCCAAACAUCUAGCACAAAGCCGUCUAUUACCCAUCCUCUGAAACGGUCAUUGACUGAGCCGAAUUCAGAUGUCACAGAUCAUUCUCCAGAUUCUUCAUUUUCCUCUAUUGCCUCUCGCAAACGGAGAAAAACUCGAGAUGGCGAGGGCGAAUCACAAAGGAUGCCAAAGAGGACGUCAUCGAUGCCUAGUCUGGAUGUGCAAGCAAACAUUCCAGAUUAUAGACAGCAUGGGGCUGUGCCUCGAGAAUUGAAGAAUGGAAAGAAGGCCCAGCCAGCGACUAACAUCAAGCUUGUGCCAGAAGAAAGACAGAUCUUCAAAGGCAAAGUCGUCUAUAUGUAUCCAAACAAUGACAUCAGCAUGGUGCGUCGUACUCGAAUCCAUAAGCUUAUCCAGGUGGGAGCGAUCUGGGUCAAUUCAUGGCGAGACGACAUCACGCAUAUUGUAUUUGACAAUCGUGACGAUACAUACUCCGACUUAUUGCGCCAUCUCAACAAAACAGACCUACCUCGACACAUUAUAAUUGUGAAAUUUGAACCUUAUGUACCGCAAUGCAUACAGUUUGGAACGCUGAUGGAUCCGACAGCCGGUAGACACCGUGUAAAAGGUGCUCCCCAACCAGAUGCUAGUAAGCUCGGACGUGCGGCUGCAAACUCAAGUUCAGUUUUGAUCCCGAGCUCUGCACAGAGUAUAUCAUCAUCAACAUCAGCAACAGAGAAUCACCCCCUCGUAGAGGACUCUAUGAUCUCGGAAAACAGUCUUACUGGCUCAAAUGCUAACCCCGAAGAAUCUAAUAAUCUGGAUGAAGAAGUGGUCAAAGACAGCUUCAUCCAUGAGGACGUGAAAGCUCCCGCACAGACAUACAACGAUGCGCUUUCGACAGCAAUCGAAGAGACUAAAGCUAUUGCUCAUCUACCCAUUGAUGAGGACCAAGACGACGAUUCUCGACCACUAAAUUCGGGGGGUGAAGAUAGCGGUUCAGAAACAGAAGAAGACGAGCCAGUCCCCAAGCCUCGCAGGUCUGCUCGUGUGGCCUCGAGUAAUGGUGCCGGCAGUGGGAACCGCAAGAUGCCACUCGAUACGUUCUCAUGCAUGAAUCCAGCUGGCCGCCAGUCAAGUCAAAAUCCAAAUGCUCGAACCAUCGAGAUUCUUGAUCAAAUGGGCAAGUACUACGACCAAAUGCAAGAUCAAUGGCGACCAGUUGCCUACCGAAAAGCCAUUGCCACUCUCCGCCAGCAAGACCAAAAAAUCACCACGUCGAAACAAGCCGUAGCGCUCCCCUUCAUCGGAAAACGCCUCGCGGACAAGAUCGAGGAGAUUGUCCUCACAGACCGACUACGAAGACUAGAUAGCACACGCAACGACCCAACAGACCAAGUCUUACGCCUCUUCCUAGGAAUCUACGGCGUCGGGCUAGUCCAAGCCAACAAAUGGAUCCAAGCCGGCCAUCGAACGUUGAACGACCUCAUCACAUCCGCUAAACUCACAGACUCACAAAAAAUCGGUAUAGACCACUACAAAGACUUCGCGACACGCAUCCCCCGCGCCGAAGUCGAAGCGCACGGCGAAUACAUUGAAACCGCGCUGCACAAACUCGACCCCGCAAUGCAAAGCACAAUCAUGGGCUCCUACCGCCGCGGCGCAAAAGACUCGGGCGACAUCGACAUCAUCAUCAGCAAACCCAACGCCUCGAUCGCCGAGCUCCGCACCAUCGCUUUCGAAACCCUCGUUCCGUCCCUCACAGCCUCAGGCUUUUUAAAAUGUAAGCUCGCGACGUCUUCGCGCCACGACGAGGGCACAAAGUGGCAUGGCGUGUCGUGUCUUCCUACCUCGACUACGUGGCGGCGUCUAGAUUUGCUGCUUGUGCCGGACUACGAGAUGGGUGCUGCACUGCUGUAUUUCACCGGUAACGAUAUAUUCAAUCGCAGUAUUAGACUGCUGGCAAGCAAGAAGGGGAUGAGGCUGAAUCAGAGGGGGCUUUAUAAGGAUGUGGUGAGGGGGAGGAAUCGGGAGAAGUUGAAUGAGGGGACGUUGGUGGAAGGGAGGAGUGAGAGGAAGAUUUUUGAGAUCUUGGGUGUUCCUUGGAGAGAGCCUGCGGAGCGGAUUUGCUAG